GUGGCCAGUCUGCAAAGCUUGAGCUGCUCAUAAAUGUCAAUCAGUGUGUUGUUUCUCAGCAUUUUCGUGGAAAAUCACUGAAAAUUCCACGAAAAUUCACACCAUUUCAUUGUAAAAGUAUACUGUGGUGCUCAAAGAUAGUGCAUCGGGUGAAAAUUGCGUGGGAAAUAGUCGUAAAAGUGCCAUAAGAAGUGAAAUAAGGGGCGAUUGCAAAGGGCGUCUCAAGUGUCAAAUCGGUGGCGGGGGGUUCAAGUUGUCAAAAAACCCGGAAUAUAGCUGCCUAACAAAAAAAGAAAUUAGAAAUUGAGAAAAAGAAACUUUGCCUGAAAACCCUGAAGAGAGAGAAAAGCAUUGUACAGAGAGGUUUUCGUCCAAUGUUUCUACAGAUUCACCAUGGAAAAUUACACUGGCAUGAUGGAAAAUGAGUACAAUGCCGCUGUGGACUAUGCUGCGGCCAAUUUGUCUCAGGCGUUGGCGCAAAAUCCCACCAAUGAGGUUGGUGCCUUCCAAGGGCGUCCGGAUGUUAUGGACAUGAAGCCGACGCAGCAGGAGGACUAUGUACAGCGUGGAAGUAUCAUUGCGACAAAUCUACGGGAGGAAUUGAGUGAGUAUGCAUCGACAAUUGAGCAGCAGGCUAUAAGUCAGCCAUUGCUGGCCCAGGAGGCUAUUGAGAGUAUGCCUCCUGGGCAGACAGAUACUUGUCCACCGGUGGAGGAACCGCAGCCAGAGGCUCCAGCAGUGGCGCUUCCGGAAAGUGUUUCGAAGGCCUCGAGGGGACAGAGGGACUCAAUUGCAGAAGUUAAUGUUCAGGAAGCGGCAGCUGAAGCACCAGGAGAACCUGCAAAGGAGGAAGUGGCUGCAGAUCCUGGAGCAGAUCCCAUCGAGGCAGGUCCUCAGGAGAACUCCAAGGUGCCCAAGGGAAGUGUCCAGCCAGUGGCUCAGAAUUCCCGGAAAGAGGAAGAAUUGGACAAGAAUCAGUGUCGAGUGUGCACUUCCAAGGAAAAUCUCAUUGAUAUUUUCUCACCGUUGGAGGAUUCGGUGAUCAGUGACAAAAUCCAACUGAUCUGUCGAACGGUGAAAAUCCUCGAGAGAGACUUCCUGCCGCAUUUCAUUUGCAAUUCAUGCGUGGAAAAGCUAAAAAUAGCCCUGGAAUUCAAAGCCACCUGCGAGAAUACGGACCGGGAACUGAGGCAGAAGCUGAAGAGGAGUAAGAAUAAGGUGCGAAGGAAUACGGAAUUUGUCAUAAUAGAUGCAGAUGUCUUUUCGGAUUCCAAUUCGGAGGAGAAGAAGAGGUCAGAUGAUGAGGAAUUCCAUCUGUCCGAUGUGAUUGAGUCACAUUCGGACUCAGACAGUAGCUAUAAGGGCGCUGAGAAGCCGAAGAAGUACAAAAAACGAGGACGUCAACCGGGUGCAACACCGGGACAGCGAAGGGGACGUCGACCAAGGAAUGAUGUUGUUUUUAUUGCUGCUCAGACCAGUGAUGCGGAAGAGACGCCGGAGACAAAGAGAAAAUUCCGUGGAAAAUCCCUGCAGUGUCAGACGUGUCAGGAAGUCUUUGCAAGUCCGGCCAGUCUGUCCAAACACUCCUGCGAGAAGCCAAUAAAGCAGGAGGAACGUGAUGUCCUGAAUGACGACGAUGAGGACGAUGAAGAGGAUAAGCCACUGUCGAAGAGAUUGAAAAGCAACAGGACUAAGCAAUCCGAACCCGUGGUGCAUGAAUGCAAAUUCUGCCGGCAGACAUUUAAAAAUCUGACCGAAUUGAAGCGUCACAAGAAUGCCGAACAUCGCGGUGAGAAGCCCUACCUAUGUCGUCUGUGCAAUAAAACCUUCAAAUUGGCACAGAGUCUCAAUGGCCAUUUGUUGCGUCAUGAAAAUGAGGAGAGUAACAUCUCAUGUGCCCAAUGUUGGAAGUACUUUCCCAACAAAAAAGAACUCCGGAAGCACGAAAUGACGGCACAUGCUGUGACAUUCACAUGCGAAAAGUGCAAGAGGAACUUUACAUCGCAAACUCGACUAAAUAAUCAUCGUCAUCAAACAUGCCCCGGAGUUGUGGUGGCCCCCAAGAAGCGUCAAGAAGUUGAGGCAUCUGUAGUUGGACGGGAUCUCUUCAAAUGUGUGGCACCGAUGACAUCCACGUACUGGAGUGAUUCAUUCAGCGACUAAUCAUCACUAAGCGUGUGUUUUGCUUUUCUACUAUUUUUACCCCCCAAUUUCCUUCCCCUCCCUUUCUUAUCAAACCCUUUCAAACAAAAAAAAAAUGUCCUCCACAUUGAGAAUGUAUCGUGUUUUCUGUGCAAAUGCCAUGAACGAGAGAGAGAAAGACGUAAGAUAAUAAAUUUCUUAUAAUUAGUAAACAAAAAUGCUUAGGACCAAUCAUUCCUUAUCCUUCGACAUGGGGGGACACAUUUGAUAAAGGACGCCACAUGAAUUAAUAGCGUCAUUAUCUCACCUGAGCAAGAGGUCUACAGGAGGCCCCCGAAGGCACCGAUGAGAUUUUACAAUGUGUUGGGCGCAUUUUCUACACAACAGCAAUUGUCUACUCUAAAAUCUGAUGCAUUGUUUACUUUCUUAUAAGUAUCUGUAGAGAGAGAGAAAUGGUAAUAAAUUCCUAAUUUCAGUA